AUGGCAGUGAUGGAGCUCACAGCAGUGGCUGAAGAGGAUUCGGAUUUGAGAAGAUCAGCAUUCAAGCCCAAUGCUCCUGCUUGCAAAGCGGUGGUGGAUCAAAUACUGAGGAUCAUUGAGCAAGCGGAUACCGAGCUACUAAUUCCUUGUGUCAAAGCAAUUGGCAAUUUAGCAAGAACGUUUAGAGCUACGGAGACCAGGAUGAUCACCCCAUUAGUUAAGCUUCUAGAUGAGAGGGAAGCUGAGGUUUCAAGGGAGGCAUCGAUUGCUCUCACUAAGUUUGCCAGUUCUGAUAACUAUCUCCACCUUGAUCAUGCAAAGGCGAUCAUUAGUGCUGGAGGGGCAAAACAUUUGAUCCAGCUUGUCUAUUUCGGGGAACAAGUUGUUCAGAUUUCGGCUUUGGUUCUUCUUUGUUACAUUGCUUUUCAUGUUCCAGAUAGUGAGGAGCUUUCAAAAGCAGAGGUUUUGACUGUGUUGGAAUGGGCUUGCAAGCAAGCUUUCAUUACCCAGAACGAAAUACUGGAUCCUUUGCUGCCUGAAGCCAAGAGCAGAUUGGAGCUUUACCAAUCUAGAGGUUCGAGAGGGUUCCACUGA